AUGUGCUUCUUCUUGUUGCUGUCCAAAUUUGACGGACCACGACCAAUUGACAUCCUCCGCUGCUAUUUGGAGAUAUGGCGUACUUUGCCAGAAGCCGCAAAGUUAAGCUCGGACACCAACGGCAUGGCCCUUGCGGAUACCUUACGGAGGCAAGUCCAAAAAUCAGUGGGUUCGCUAUUGUCCUUGUUGCCAACUCAGCAAACACUGGCCCUUACCGACAUCGAUGGCGGUAAAGCAAUCACGUACCAUCGAUUGUAUAUAUUCAUUCAAAAUUUCUGUCUGCCACUAGACGCCGUAUACUCAAUGAAUCGAAAACCAGUGGUGGCCUUGGCUCUCCUAAAUGGAUAUCUUCUCGGCCUGGCAUCCUUAGCAGUUUCGGCGUACUAUACUGCCAUGCCAAUCAAUGUGUCUGGCGGCGCUGAACAGUUCCAGAGGGAUGUCAUGAUCACAAAGGUAAACGCCAUCAUGGUUCUUGAAUCAGACGUGGUGACACUAGGUUUGAGAGAGCCGUGGGUGACUGCAGCAGGUAUCGACAUCCUUGUUGCGGAGGAGGAUUUGAACUCGACCUUCUCUGUGCGACGAGUCGGCGAACCAAUAAGAGGGUCUAGUGUGGGAAAACCUGAGCCAAACUUUGGAGACGACUUUGCAUUUAUCCUUCUGACAAGUGGGACAAGUGGCAUGAAGAAGGUUGUUCCAAUUUCUGUGCUCUCGCUGGUGAUUGGAACUUCCUGUGUCAUCGACUCCUGGGGAUUGAAAAGUGAAGACACUUGCAUUAACAUGAUGCCACUGAACCAUGUUGGCGGCAUCGUUCGAAAUUUGUUCGCACCAGUUCUUUCCGGAGGAGCUACGGUGCUCUGUUCCGCCUUCGACCCCAAUACCUUUUGGGAUUUAUUGGAGAAAGGCAUUGGAACUUGGUACUAUGGUUCGCCCGCUAUGCAUUCUGGCAUUCUGACCGAAGCUUCUUUGCGAGCAGAGGCAAUCAAGAGAUGUCGCCUUAGACUUAUUUGUAACGCUGCGGCCUCACUUCUUCCAACUCUUGCACAACAUCUCAAGGAAAUUUUCCGCUGCGUCGUUCUUCCAAGUUAUGGUAUGACUGAGUGCAUGCCGAUUUCAGCCCCGCCUCUGGAUUAUAACCUCGAGCUCCCAGGAACAGUUGGGUUUGCCUGUGGACCUGAAAUCAAAAUCUUGGAUCAUGACGCCAAGCCCGUGAGGAGAAAUGAGAUUGGGAGGAUAUGUGUCCGGGGCGGUCCCACCUUUGGAGGUUACCUUGAGGAUAACGGAGUUCUCCGAAAGACCCUCUUGCCAGGAGGCUGGUUUGACACCGGGGAUGUAGGGUAUUUCGAUGCAGACAAUUACCUUUUUCUGACCGGAAGACAGAAGGAGGUGAUCAAUCGUGGAGGAGAGCUUAUAUCUCCUCUGGAAAUCGAAGAAGCGAUCUCCUUUGCCUCACAGGACUCGAGCUCGCCGCUGUAUGGACUCGUGAAUAAGGUUCUAGCAUUCUCGGCUCCACGUGAUGUCCUGCAAGAAGUCGUUGGAGUGGUCCUCGUCACGAAUUCCGGGAAACCAAGGCCAGAUCUUCGUGUCUUGCAGGAGGCUUUGAAGACUUCUUUGCAUUCGUCCAAAUGGCCGGUUGUUCUCGUCUACAUGGAUGCUCUUCCAACUCAGAACGGCAAGCUCUUACGUAUAAAGCUUGGAGAAAGGCUAAGCCUUUCUCCCAUCAACGAUGACACGACUCUGGCACAACGGCAUUUUGAUGCUGUUUGUCCACCACCGAACACUUCUUUAGAGACAGAGAUCCAGAAAUCAAAUUGCCCGCUUGACGCGGAUGUCUUGUUAAGCAAAGUUCUAGGAAACUUGGGAGCCGAGUUCGAAGUAUUUGUUUGUGUGCAGCAGCACACUGGCCUUUUCGAGUUAGUUGUAGCUCCACGCACAAUCUCAAUUGGAAGAUUACCCCAAAGCCUCGAAGAAGCUCUGUACUCUGUUCUCCGUCGAGAUCUUGACGGUUAUCUCAUUCCUUCAAAGAUCACCUGUCUCCAGACACCUUUCCCAAUGGAGGAUGCCGACACGAUCGAUGAGCAAGAGCUUACGAGAAUGCUCACGAACAAUGAACCACGGCCUAGAACGUCGAGCUCAGGAACAGAACUGAAAAUUCGACAAGCGAUUGCAGAAGUUCUUCAAUUCCCAAUUGACGAGAUUUCUCCCGAGACUGAUUUCUUCGACAUUGGUGGGGACAGCUUGAGCGCAGGAAGAUUACUCUCCUUGCUAAGGCGGAAUCUCCAAAUUCGUGUUCCAGUCGAGCAACUGUUUAGAUCAAGCAAGGUUCGAGAUUUGACGAAACUUGCAGAAAGAUUGUUGGUUGUUCAAGAUGGAGAUCCAGACGAGAAGUGGGACAAAGCGAAUUCAGAGAUCGGAUCUGGGAAGACGUACAGCUCCACAAACCCGAUCGUGCUGCUUCUUCAACUCCUCCCUAUCACGUUAUUUUACCCCCUCAAGAUGGCUCUACGAUGGACGAUAUUAAUUCAUGUACUGGUUGCACUUAGGGCCGUUCGGAACAGUCCCCAUGUUGCCGCUCGGUAUGCUUGCCUCAUGGCUGCAUUAGCAAUUUCUCGCUUGUCGGUGGAGAUUGCGUCGCCUAUUUUCGGUAUCCUAUUCAAGUGGAUAGUAAUUGGCCGUUACAAGGAGGGACUUUAUCCCAUGUGGGGACCUUAUCAUAUGAGAUGGUGGCUCGUCCAGAAGGUCUUAAUGAUUUGCAAUGAGGGAGUAUUCGGUUAUUCCGAAUACACAAGGGUUCUGUACUACCGGUUGCUUGGAGCCAAGAUUGGGGGAAACGUAACCAUCAGCCCUGGGGCUGUUCUCGGAGAGUACGAUCUGCUCGACAUUGGAGACAAUGUGCUUUUGGACGGAUGUAUUUGCAGACCAUUCGCAUGCGAGAGGAAUUCUUCUAUGUUCCUGGGAAGAAUAGUAAUCGGCAAGAACGCUCGUAUCGGGUUGAAGUCACUUGUUUCUCCAGGUUCAGUCUUACCUGACGACACUUUCAUUGGACCGAAUUCAGCAUCACAUGAAAUAAAUCCUCUCGAUGACUCCCACGGUUCCAUCAAUGGACUGGUCCCGGAAUUCCCUACUCUCUUGAGUGUUCUGGUGAUCUAUUUGGCAAAGAUCCUCGUGUUAUUCCUCUCAUCUAUCCCUUGGAUGGUUGGCUACUACGGCAUGGCGACAAAACAACCUUCAGUGAUGAGCGACAGUGUCAAGAAUAUUAUUACCUGGUGGGCCAGUCCACGACGAAUUGCUUUCCGCUACCUUACUCUAACUCUUGACAACAUUGUCGGACCUUUCUUUUGGUUUGCUGCUUUGGUUGGUAUCAGGAUAUUAAUAGACAGCGUCAUUGGGAGUGCUUCUCCUCACUCCGCAGAGGAUAGAACCCAAACAGACAUAUUCAGGAGAAAUCUCAUGGAAAUAUUAGUACCGAGAGGUGAUCUCAAACGCAUUACCCGGCUCUUUGGUCUUCAUUAUGAGUUCACCUCCAUGGCUAUCAGAGCACUUGGGGGGAAAGUAGGAAAGAACAUUUAUUGGCCUGGACAGGGCCCAGAGAUUCAGGAUUUCAACCUUAUAACUGUCGGGAAUGACGUCGUCUUCGGUUCAAGGUCUUUUGUGGUCACAAGUGAUAGUUUAGGGUCAGCUCCUGUUGAGAUCCAAGAUGGAGCCAUGGUUGGGGACCGUGUCAUCUUGUCGCCUGGAUCCACAAUUGGAAAGAAUACACUGCUUGGAAGUGGAGCACUCGCGAAACGCCACCAAACUUAUGCUGCAGACACAGUUUGGCUGGGGAACAGGGACGGUGGACCCGUUUCCCUGACGAAAACCCCCAACCAGAGUAAGAGGUGGACUUUGAAUGAUCAUUAUGAGGAUCAGGAAGCCCCCAGAAUCGAGUCUCGAUCUUCUCUCUCCUACUCCACAUCAGAGAGCACUCUUGAUCCGAUUCAGGAGCUUGAAACUGAUCGCCUCCUCAAUGCAUCUCCGGAGACCGAGCUGCCGUCCACCCCUUUCGGACGAGCAUUUUAUUAUCAUAAAGCUCCCUAUUUCGUGUUCAACCAAACGACAAUAUUUCUCUACUGUACCAGUCUUCUAAUCCUCGUCAAGGUAUUCUGGGACAUUGGUCCUCUUUUAUCGAUUGCCAUCUCUAUGAUGAACAAGCAUUCGAGCUUACUGAAUCCUGGCCCACAACGCCCAUUCAUAAUCUAUGGCUAUGCCAUCGCAUUCAGCUCUGUGGUCAUCCCCCUCCAGUGUUUGGUUUCCAUGUUUGUCACUAUAGCAGCUAAAUGGGCGCUCCUCGGCCGUCGACAGCCCGGCUCGUACGACUGGGACAGAAGCAGCUACUGCCAACGGUGGCAGGUCUUACUCACAAUAGAGACCAUAAUUAAAGAAUCCCUAGGCGAUAUUGGUGUCCUGCGUAUGCUCACUGGGACUCAUUAUGCGGUGCUCUACUUUCGCGCUUUGGGAGCGAAGAUUGGCAAAGAUUGUGCGUUGUUUGCAGGGGGGGAAUUGAGCGUGAUCAUUACGGAGCCAGACUUGUUGGAGCUAGGUGAUCGGGUAGCCAUUGACGAUGCGAGUUUAGUCUCGCAUAUCAAUUCACGUGGGUAUUUCUCUUUGAACCGGUUGAGUGUUGGAAGUCGCUCGGUUCUAAGGUCGGGAUCAAGACUUCUGUCUGGUGCUGAGAUGGGAGAGGAUACCUGCCUACUCGAACACACACUUAUUAUGAGUGGCGAUACUGCAGAUGAUGGGAAAACCUACCAAGGCUGGCCGGCAGAUGUUUUCAAGGGCAAUCGAAUGAAAUUGAGCGCCCUGAUAGUCGAAUAG